AACCAUUACUGCUGCAUCACCAUUACUCUCUCUUCUCUCUCUAGUCUCGCCUCUUCCAGUCUUCCUUCUCCAAAUCUCCACCGCCAACCGGCACCGGGCACCGGCCAAGUUGCUCCAGUCUUCCAUUCUAGCCUUCGACAUUCGACAAUCGACAGUAAACAGUUCGAGUGUUGUGUUCCAGUUCGACCUUCGAUUAAUCGAUUCCCACUGCUUCCAGCUUCUUCCUCUUCCUCUUCAAUUCCAUACUUCGAUUCGAGCCUUCGACAAUUCCAUACUGUUCGAGCCUUCGAUUCACUGACUGUUCGACUGUUCGAGCCUUCGUCGCUUCCUCUUCCUCUUCAAUUCCAUACUUCGACAGUACACUUCGUCACUUGGUUAUUUUUAUUUCUAUCCAUAUGACAUGUAUAUGAUGUGAUCAUUGUUUCUCUGCUUGCUGGUCAGCAUAAACUUUCAGUUCCAUCACUUAGAUUCCAGAAGGAAUCCCAUUAACAAGUUUUCAAUUUCAGUGUUGCGUAUUCACCAUUCCUCACCGUUAUUCUCACCGUCGUCAUCACGGAUGUUGGCGACUUCAUGGUCUGUUCCAUAUUGCUACAUCAAUAGAAUUCAUCGGCGGCGAAGUUUGAGUGCGCUUCAUUAUCAGUUUUGCAACAAACAUACAUUAAGGUGUCACUGCACCAAUCAGGAAAAUUGUAAUUUAGGUUUUCCUACCUAUCUUUCUACUAUGCCGGGAGGGGAGCUUAGUGUGCCACCAUCAGUUGUUCAAAACACAGCAGAAUCCGAUGAAAACGAGGAGUUCUGGGUGUGGGGCCAAAUUAAGGCUGAAGCACGUCGUGAUGCUGAUUCGGAACCCGCACUUGCCUCUUAUCUCUACUCAACAAUCCUUUCUCAUUCCUCUCUCGAACGAUCACUCUCCUUUCAUCUUGGCAACAAACUCUGCUCCUCCACUCUGUUGUCGACCCUUCUAUACGACCUCUUUCUUAAUGUCUUUUCAUCUGAUUCUUCUCUGCGUGCUGCUGUUGUUGCCGAUUUACGCGCUGCAAGAGUCCGUGACCCUGCUUGUGUCUCCUUUUCUCACUGCCUCCUCAACUACAAGGGCUUCUUAGCUUGUCAGGCUCAUCGUGUGGCACACAAGCUUUGGAAUCAAGACAGACAGCCCCUUGCACUUGCCCUCAACUCUCGAAUAUCCGAUGUAUUUGCUGUCGAUAUCCACCCUGCUGCUAAAAUCGGAAAGGGCAUUCUUUUUGACCAUGCCACUGGUGUAGUUAUUGGAGAGACUGCUGUCAUUGGCGACAACUGCUCGAUAUUACAUCAUGUGACUCUUGGGGGAACAGGAAAAGCUGGCGGUGAUCGUCACCCGAAGGUUGGUGAUGGAGUAUUAAUAGGUGCUGCGGCUACUAUAUUGGGUAAUAUCAAGAUUGGCGAUGGGGCAAAGAUUGGGGCGGGAUCAGUGGUGCUGAUUGAUGUCCCUCCUAGGACGACAGCCGUAGGAAACCCAGCUAGAUUAAUCGGAGGGAAAGAGAAGCCUUCUAAGAACGAGGAUGUGCCGGGUGAGUCCAUGGACCACACUUCAUUUAUUUCAGAGUGGUCCGAUUACAUUAUAUGACUCCGACUUCCAAGUGAUUGUACAACUCUUUUCCUCUCGAUCUCAAUGUACUUUGCUGUAACAUUGGUACUCAACUUUUCAGUCGUAUCCGUUAGUAUUGCUUUGAUAAUUGUCUUUAAAUGAAGAAUCUUUCUCCGCGGAAAUUUCAUUUAAGACUAUAUUUGUCACUCCCGAUUGUCGAUCUGGCAUCGAGUAUUUAUCGUACUUUCUAAUCAACUAACAAAUAUCACCCCAACUUUAAUUGGUGUUACAAUUCUUUGUAUUUUUGGUAUUAAAACUUGCUCGGAGAGCAACUUGUUAUUGUUCAGGUCAUUAGGUGUUAUGGUCAUGGGACUCUGGCCCUCGCAUCAUCAUAUCAUCAUGGGUUCUUUCAGUCUGUUUUUGUAAAUCAAUAAAUAUGAUGUAAACAAUUACAGCUAAUAAAAGUCGACCUUUGUUGGGACUUAAAACUUCUUACAGAAUGGCAUUUAUCAUUUUUACAGUUAAA